AUGAGCACUCAACACGAGCUCGACCGCGCGUACGGCUUCAUUCCCAACCAUGUCCUCAAGCGCGGCUAUGCCUCACGUCUCACAUACGCGCUGCAACCGUCUCCUACCGUAGUCUUCAGCCAGCAUCUACCGGCCCUCGAUGAUCCGUACGAGCGCAUACCGGCGCAUAUAUCCGGGGUGAAUGCUUUGACCAUCGACAAGUUUGAGGGGCGAUACCUGCUCUCUGGAGGCGCAGACAGCUCGAUUGCAGUAUGGGAUCUUGAGGCGCAGACUGCGGCAACCGAGGCGGGAGAUACCUAUCUCCCCCUCACGGCAGUAAACAAGACGAGUGAAGAGCACAAGUUGGGCAUCACGCAGAUACAGUUCUACCCCUUUGAUUCUCUGGCAUUCCUUACAUCAUCGUACGACCACACCGUCAAGCUCUACUCCAGCGAAACGCUUGCGCCGUCUGCGUCUUUCAACCUCGAUUCCGUCGUGUAUAACCUCUCGCUCUCGCCCAUCGCCUCGCAUCUCCUCGUCGCAUGCGCGACGCAACAUCCGAAUGUGCGUCUCGUCGAUCUCCGCUCAGGCGCCACGACACACAGUCUUGCAGGCCACUCUGGCGCGAUCCUCUCUACAGCAUGGAGCCCUGUGCGCGAACACAUUCUUGUCAGUGGAGCUACAGAUGGCAGCAUACGCUUCUGGGAUGUACGCCGCAGUGUAGGUGAAUUGGGUGUACUGGACCUCGAAGAUUCAGUCGGGGUACUUGGGAAAUCUACGUCCUUUACUCGCAAGUCGACCAACGCACAGGCGCACAAAGACGCUGUGAAUGGGCUCGUAUGGACCGAUGAUGGCAAGCACAUAGUAUCUUGCGGGCACGAUGCGCGAGUACGCGUCUGGGACACGGAUACUGGUGCCAAUACCCUAGCAAACUUUGGCCCCAUGGUCAAAAACUCUGGUCUUGCGCCUCGCAUUCCCGUUCUUGCGCCAGUGCAAAACCUCCAGCCCGGUGCUGAUCUCAUGUUCUAUCCUAACGAGCACGAGAUCCUUACCUAUGAGCUCUUUGACGGUAAGCUGAUCCGUCGACUACGCCGCUCACAGCAGCCUCGGACGAACACUUUAUCCAACGCGUCUGGAGCAGCAGCAGCAGCAGCAGCAGCAAAGGGACAGCGUAACGUCAAGGACAGAAUCACAAGUCUGGCCUGGCGACCACACCACGUGGAGAUGUACUCUGCCCAUGCUGAUGGCAGUAUUGCGACAUGGAAGCCAAGAACAGAAGAAGAUGCCGAAUUAGACGAUGAAGAGGAACUCGAACGGGAAGAGAAGGAGAUAGACAAGAAGCGAAAGAGAGGUGUACUAGACGAAAUAUACCAGGGAUUGACGAAGAAGCAGAUCACAUUUGGCAACAUGGGCUUGUAG